UCAAAUUUUCUCUUUUUUGGCUCGGGCUCGCAAUUUCGAAAUGCUGCGUUUUGUUGUCAUCGAACUUCGUCAACAUCUAAGCUGUGCAAAUGUUUUCCUUACUUUUCAAGAAUCUAUGGAUGCUCUGGAAUCUCUCAGAAUCAAUGUGGAAGAUAGUCUGAUACGCCUAAGGCACUCAUGCGAUUCCACGGUGUCCGAAGUGAAUGUGGCAAAAUAUUUCACAAUAUUAACUGAAAGCUUCAGCAAUCUGGUGGUUGAAGGUGAGAACGUUUCAUUUCGCAUAAGUGUGCAGAAUAUCAAGGAUGUGGAUAGACAACAGAAUGACAUUGAUAAGGCACUGGAGAAUCCCAAGUUUCAAUUGGAAGAAGGCCAAAUGGCAUCAUUGCACUGCAAACAAUGUGACUCCAGUUUAUGUGGUGGAGAGGGCUCUGCCAUGAGCUACAAUAAGGUUAGAGAAUUUCCUUCGGGUUCAAUCGAUAUGAGUGAGUUCUUUUGCCAUCAUGGACCAAAUUUCGGUGAUGUACUUAUGCCUCGCACACAGGAUAUGUUCUAUGGAUUUCUUUUCAUUAUACUCAAUAUGGAAAAUAUUCGAAAAUCCACCAAAGAGCGAGAGGGGCAUUUGUAUUGUGGACGUUGCAAUAGAUAUUUGGGAGAAACUCAAUUCGAAGGCAAAGCUGCCAAGCUGUGGACAGAAUCUGUAGUAAUGAAACUUAAUAGUGUGUUGGAUCCCUUAGAAUUGUUUGACCACAAACCUCAACAGUUAAUUCAAAUGUUAAUGCUUAAGAUUAUUAAUGAGACAUCGCUACCAUCCCCGGAGCCUUUAUUACGAAAUUUGCAUUUCACCAAAGUUCUAUUGGAGGCAUGCAGACCCAACAGACAACAACAAUAUCUUUUGGUACAGAUAUUGGAAAAAAAUCUACCCAUAUUAAAGAAUGACCAAGAACUGGAUCAUGUAACACCCAGCAAGGAUGUAUUCAUACAUUUACUGAAGGUGCAUUUGGAAACACACUUUGCUUUUAAGUUACUCUAUCGGCUAAUUGAAGUUACCCAACCCAACGAAGAGGAAGCAGAGGAGUCGUCAACUGAACCAGCGAUGCUAUCAUACUGGCAGCAGGACAUAAAUAUACUUAAAAUGAGAAUUUCACCAUUUCUUUUCCAAAGUUUGGUGGAUGAGUUGAACGUGAAUUCUGAACUACUUCCUGAAAUGUAUCGCAACAAUAAAGAUUCCUUUACGAUGAGUUAUAUUUUUCAAUAGAAA